AUGGUUGGAUCUAGGAGUCAGACUAAUAUUGGAGGAGACCCUGAAACAAUUCAAGGGGUUGUCAAACAUUUUGGAUCCCGAUAUGGGGCCAGCAAUAAGGAAAUACAUAGACAGCCUAAAAAUUUUGAUGAUUCCGAAUUGGAAACACUACUCAACGAUUAUCCAGAUGAUGAGACUGAAAAUAGACAGCAUGGAAUAGAAAAAGAAAUAAAAUACCCAAAGUCUGUAUUUUUCAUCAUCAGCAGCGAGUUUUGCGAAAGAUUUUCUUAUUAUGGAAUGCGUGGUGUUUUAGCGUUAUAUCUCAAAGACUCUCUUCAUUAUACUGAAAAUAAUGCUACAAUAAUCUAUCACAUGUUCAUCGUGCUGUGUUAUUUCACACCUCUCUUUGGCGGGAUAAUGGCUGAUGCAUGGCUAGGAAAAUAUAAUACCAUACUGUAUGUUUCAUUACUUUACGCAACUGGUAACAUUGUCCUUUCAUUUGGGUCCGUUGCAGCAUUCAGUAUUCCUCACAGAGAACUAUCACUCUUUGGGUUAUUUCUAAUUGCAGUAGGGACGGGUGGAAUAAAGCCAUGUGUCUCUUCUUUCGGAGGUGACCAGUUCAUUCUUCCACAACAAGAACAACAACUCCGAAGUUUCUUUUCCAUCUUUUAUUUUUCAAUUAACGCUGGAAGUGUUAUUUCCUCCUUCUUGACUCCAAUGCUACGGGAAUACCACUGCCUCGGCAGCAAUGAAGACUGUUACCCGUUAGCAUUUGGUUUACCUGCUGCGUUGAUGAUCGUAGCUCUUGUUAUAUUUGUUUUUGGAAGUCCUAUGUACAAAAGGAAUAAUCCACAAGGCAAUAUUGCUCUUCAAGUUGUUGGUUGUAUUGGUCAUGCAGUUGCAAAGAAAAUUAGUUCAACUAAAAAGAAAGAGCAUUGGUUAGACUAUGCUGAAGAUAAAUAUAGUGUAAAGUUGAUAGCAGAUAUUAAAGUUCUUAUGAAAUUAAUUUAUUUAUUCACACCUACGAUUGUAUUUUGGGCUCUAUACGAUCAACAGGGUUCCAAAUGGACGUUUCAAGCUAGUCGGAUGGAUGGAGAUUUAGGUUGGUUCACUAUCCAACCUGACCAAAUGCAAACUCUCGAUGCUUUGCUCGUACUGUUCUUCAUUCCACUUUUCGAAAGUAUUAUUUAUCCAUUUUUGGCAAAAUUACGUUUAGUGAGAAAUCCUCUUCAGAAAUUAACAGUUGGUGGAUUCCUCGCUGCUUUUGCUUUUCUUUUAUCAGGUGCUCUCGAGAUUUAUAUACAGCAAGAAAAUGCGCCAUUACCAGGACGUGGGCAGUCGGAAGUAAUUCUGUAUAAUCCGUUAAGUUGUGCUGCUGAUGUUAAUGGGCUUUCAAAUAAAGUGGUGUUACCACCUCAAGACUUCCUAGACUUGAAAAAAAUCUCUUCUGAGCCUGUUAAUGUGACCAUAUCGACAGCUUGUGCAGGUUCUUGGACUGGAUUUCUUGAACUUAAGGAAAAAGAGAUUUUUUCAUUUAUGCUGUUAAAUAAAGACGAAAAGCUCUCUCUGAUUCGAUUAAAUAUGACUGGAGGAAAUAUGGAAAUGGUCAAGUCUCAAAGUUCCAACCCUAAACUGAAGAUUCUAUUUAGUAAUACUGACCAGUUAUCGAUAUCAGCACAAACUAUUGAUAACGUUAGAAACUUUACGGUAUAUUACGCAUCCCAUCAAUCACAGCAGAUCGAAAUGCCUCUCAAUGGAAGGUACAUCAUUACAGUUAAUGACACUGUUGUAACAAACGUUAACUUGAAACAAGGUGGAAUUUAUAUUUUAAUGUUGGAAGGUGAUUUAAAAAAUUUGACUAGUAAACUGUUGACCGUAGUGAAACCUAACGCAAUUAGUAUGUUGUGGCAAAUUCCUCAAUAUGUGGUCAUUACUUGUGCUGAAAUAAUGUUCGCCAUCACAGGCCUCGAGUUUUCUUAUAGUGAGAGUCCUAAUAGUAUGAAAUCUGUGAUAUCGUCUCUUUGGCUAUUAACCGAUUCAUUUGGAAAUAUCAUUGUUUUGAUAAUCGCUGGAUUUAAAAUGGCUGAUGCGGCUCAUGAGAUGUUCUUCUAUUCCGGAUUGAUGUCAAUAGUGAUGCUGUUUUUCAUUUCUCUUGCUUACCGGUACUCUUAUGUUGAUCGAAUAAAAAGAAACCAAGAAGAAGAUGAAGAUGUCAUUUUAGUAGAUCAGACCAGAAUUUAGACUCAUCUUGUGUGCGUUCCAGAAACAUUGCAUUUAUGUUAAGUCAGUAACGUCAAGUUCUCAAAUCCAAAAGGAGGGUCUGAAUUCUUAGAGAGGCCUGCUGUAUUGGCUAGUAGGCAGUCAGGAUUUAAUCCUGUGAUCUUUGCCUUGUUCGUAUUUAUAUAACGAUAGCUAAGAAGUGAUACCUCAUAUCGGCAAAAAGUAUUAUUUUACUAUCGAUCUGCGUCUGUGUUUUCUUAAAUUUUACUUUACUACUUUAUAAUAAAGACAAAAAAGUUUUAAAAAACAAUUAAUAAAAAUAUAGAAAUCAUUUAAGCAUUUGUGUAAUUUUCCUGACUCCAAGGAGGCUUUUCAAAAUAAAAUAAUAUUUUCGCAUUCUUGACUGUUCUCUGUUAGUGAUAAUAAAAAUAAUAAUAAUAAUUUAUUUAUUCUGGGACGAGUCUCUUUAGAAUAAUACAGAAGACAUAAAUAUGGGAUAAAGAGUCUCAGAGAUAUAUAAAUAAAGAUACAGAGUAAUUAAACAGUCAUAAUAAUAAAAUUAAAAAUUAUAGGUUACUUUCUAAUUUUAAUCAGUUAAUAACUAAAAAUUAACAAACUAAAUAAAAAGAAUGAAGUAAAAAUAAUGAAGAACGAGCUAAUAAUUUAUAUAUGUAUUUACAUUAGUAUCUAUUUACAAUUUCAUGGGGACUAGAUGGAUAAGAAAUGAUUGAACAGACGGGAUUUAAAGGUAGGAAGGGUAUUAGAUUGUCGAAUGUGAGAAGGGAUGGAGUUCCAAAGGGAUGAGGAUCGGAUAAUGAAAGAUCUGUUGAAAGCAACGGUUCCGUGGGCCCUUAUAUAUAAUUCAGAAGACUGGAAACGAGUAUUACGGGAAUGAACAGAGGAUUUGAAUUGAAGGAGCUCAGAGAUGUAUGAAGGACGGUGUGAUUGGAUAACUUGAAAGAGGAAGGAUGCCAGGAAAUAUUUACGACGGUAGGAAGGGUAAAGCCACUUCAACUCUGCAUACAAAUGGGAAACAGAGGCGUCCCUUGGUAUCCCGAAGAUGAAUCUUACAAAGCAAUUUAUUAAACGGUUAAUACGAGUUAUCAUAAAAAAACUUUAUUACUUAUCAAAUGCUAUCUGUCAUAACAUUAUAUUUUUCACACACAUUGACUUCACCUAUAAAUACGAGGACUCAUCUGUCCUUAACUUGUAGUUUCGUGAUAUUAAUAAUCUCAAAUGAAAUCUAUUUUUUUUUGGCAGUUAUGAGGUAUAAAUUCUUAUCUAUCAACAAUUUAAAUCCACAAAUAUUUGUAGAAAAACCUCAAAAAUAUAUAUGCUUUUUCUUCCUUUGGGCUUUUCAGUGUUUACAGUGCCUCAAAUUCAUGAAUCAUAAGUUUUGCAGUCUCGUACUAGAACCUUCAUGUCCUUUAGUUGUGUGCUUCUUUUCUGCCUGAUUUUGGAGAAGUAGUCCUCGAUAAUCUACGUCUUUCUCUUUGGUGCUUCUCUGUGGGUCACUGGGUCACGGUCUUUAUUCAUCCACAAAUAGGGAAAAAUGUACAAACCAUCUUAAUCACCUCUGUUCUGGGAAAUUCUUUAGUGAGACAAUGUCUAGUUCCCUUUAAUCUUUUUGUUCCUGAUCCGGACUCUCUUAGUUCAGCAGACUACCGUUUGAAGGUAUUUCAUUUCACCAACAGUAACUCUGCUUAAGUGUUCUUCUAAAGGAACCCACCUUUCACUCCCAUAAUUAAAGGUAGAUAAGUACCAUAUUCCCAGAUUCUGAUGAGAAGAAGUAGAGACAGAAAAAUAAAUUAAUAUUCAUUGCUGUAUUCGGUAUUAUUAUUAUAGGUGUGGCCCUCCAGUUGAAUCUCAACCUUUUCCUUUAGUUUCCGCCAAUUGUCUUGGUCUCUUGCAAUUCUGUACAGCUUCUGGUUUCUCCUCUCACCAAAGCAUCAACAUGAAUUCAUCUGAGGAUUCUUUCAAAAAUCAGGGGUUUCUUCUCACAGACCCAGGAAGUUCUCUAAAUCCAACAGUCAUUCAGAAAAAUUUAACACGCUAUUUUUGUUAUGGAGAUAUAGCUUUGAUAUUCUGGAAAGAACUCCAGAACUGCCUUUCCAUAGAAAAAUAACACUGGUUUUCCUCUAUGAUCCUCCAAUGUACGAGGUGUGUAAAUUAAGUAA